AUGUCAGACCCUCGCACCGAGCUGCAAUCAACUUUGCGGGAUCUAUCCAUUGGCAAGAAAGGUCCAGUUCAGGACAUCCCUCGACCUGCAGGGAAGAACAACUCCGCCGGUGCCCCUACAUCCGUCCUCAAGCCUAAAAAGGCUGCCCCGAAGCCCGUUGCAGACUCUUGGGAAGACGUAGCCACCGACGACGAUGAGCCUACGCCACGAGAAGAUGAUGCAGCUCCUUCGCCGUCGGUUCUCUCUCCCACCAUCAGCGCUGAGGGUCCUCUAGAUCCUCCGCCUACGCCUAUCUCACCGCAAACUUCUAACCCUUGGGUUGCCGGACGAGCAAGCUCCCCCGCUGCCCCGCAGCGCGAUCCUACCCGCCGACCGGAGAAGCAGACCGCCGUUGCUGGUCGCUUGAUCGCUGGCGCAUUGGGAGUCCGGGCGCCAAAGCGUACGGAGGAGCAGCGCGCCUAUGAUCGCUCUGUCAAGGAGCAGGAGAUCAAGCGGCGGAAUCGAGAGCGCGAGGAGCAGGCAAAGGCCAAGGAGGAGGAAGAGCGAUUGAAAGCUUCUGUCUGGACAGACUAG